AUGAGCUCACCACUACGUCGAUAUGCAAGGCAUCUUGCUGGGAACAUCCGAAAUCUCGUCUAUCGGUUGUAUCCCCAAGGAGUGACAUCGCCGCAGCUUUUGGACGUUCACGGAGCUCGACAGAACGAGGACGACUAUUGCAGGCCGACGGGGUUCUCGUCUCGCGAGCAGUUCGUCUGCCACAACGGUGGACGUUGUUACAGCACCAACGACGGACCGAAAUGUGAUUGUACGCUAAGCGAGUACGAUGGGAAACACUGUGAAACAGAGAAACUCGACUCCGAGCUGACAUUUUCGGGCCAAGAGUGGGUGGGAUAUGACGUUUCGGACACCUCUGCUGGUCCACUGAAGGCCAAAGCCGAGAAUUUCUCCCUAUCAUUCAAGACUGUUCACGGAUCGGCGAUGAUAUUCUUGUUGCGGCAUGAAAAGCGUUGGUCUUCAGCGUCUUUGUCACUGCGGUUACCUCGCUAUAUGCAUUAA